AUGGCGUCAGACCUCACAAAAGUGGUCCCCUUGACCUGCCACGGACACUCUCGUCCCGUGCCGCAUAUCGACUUUUCUUCCACAGUAGAAGAUGACCAGUAUUAUCUUAUAUCCGCUUGCAAGGACAACAACCCAAUGCUCCGGGACGGUAUCACCGGUGAUUGGAUUGGAACCUUCCUCGGCCACAAAGGCGCAGUCUGGCAAGCCAGACUCUCAACAGACGCCACCAUAGCUGCAACAGCUGCGGCCGAUUUCUCCGCAAAGGUCUGGGACACGCAUACAGGCGAAUGUCUCCACACGCUGCAGCAUUCCCACAUCGUCCGGGCAGUUGCAUUUCCCAUGCAGCCAUCUCCCCAGGUUCUUGCCACAGGCGGCUUUGAAAAGAAGCUCCGCAUCUUCGACCUAUCCCGCAGCAACAGUGGUAGCAACUCAUCCUCGCCGACCUUCCCCGCAUCAACGGGGGAAAAUGGUACCGGAGUAACCAGCUAUGAGAUCGGCCCGGGCGUCCAUGGUGGAACCAUUAAGUCCAUCGUCUGGAACCAGGAUUAUAAUAUCCUCACGACAGCUGCGGAAGAUCGGAAGAUCAGAUGGUGGGAUUUGCGCUCUCGUCACCCUGUCAUUGAGUACACCGUUGAGGGUACCAUCGGUAGCUGCGAAUUGAACACCCUGGCCGUCCGCCCCAAUGACCCCGGCAUCCUUACUGUCGCUGCAGGCAAAUCUGUCUAUCUAUUUGAUGGCUCGAGCCCUGGCCGUCUGCUCAAGAAGACCGACUUCAGGUACGAGGUCGCUAGCGCCGCCGUCAACAAUGAAACUGGCCGUCUGGUGACCGGAAGUGCAGACGACACUUGGGCACGAGUUUAUGAUCUCCGGACGGAUGAAGAGCUGGAAGUCCAAAAAGGACACCACGGCCCAAUCUGGUCUGUCAGUUUCUCACCCGACGGUAAACUCUACGGCACAGGAAGCGAGGAUGGCACGAUAAAAUUGUGGAAGGCAUGCAGAGAGCCAUACGGUUUAUGGCGGUGA